AUGGCUACUACCCAGCGCCCUCAGCACGAACGCCCUUUCGGUGGCCCUAGCACACGAACCAAUUUUUUUGACGAUCCAAAAGUUUUUAUCUUUCGUGGCUACUACGAUUUAGUAUGCCAUGGCAUCGAAGGAUCAAGGCUUAGUAUCACCGUUAACGUUUGUGACUGGAAGACAUGGCAUAUGCUACCAAAUAUACCCAUCGAUGUUCUUAACGACGAGGGGGCCGCAGAGUUCAUGGAUGCCCUUCUCAAACAACACGAGGCAGAACAGCGCCUUCGUCGCUAUUCAGCAGAGUUUCCGGAUGCAGAACCGUCGAAAGUCAUUCAGGAGGAGGUCAUCAGGCUUAUGCUAACCAGGGCUGAGAUUGAAAUCGAGGUUUUAAAGCGAGCAUUGAACCAAAAUGCUGUCGUGUUGUAA